GCUUUCCAAAAUGGCUGAGAAUUCUGCUGUCAAAGAAGAGGCGACCUGCUCAGUGGAGGUGACGCUGGACCGGGACUCUGUCCGGCCGGUUUAUGAUUACCUGAACCGGCCUCGGGGCCGGCCCCGCCUCCCUGACUGGGCUCGCACCCCGCGGCGGUUGAAGGGACGAAAGAAGUACGAUGCGCGGCGGGUUUAUCUCGGGGAGACUCACGGGCUCUGGUGCAAACUGAGACGACGAACCCCUUACUGGAGUGACAGCGAGUUUGCCCAGUACCUCCUCAAACUGGAGGGCAGAUACGGGGAGACUUACCGGGAGAAAUACGGCAAACAGCUGAUAUGGGAGAUAUAUACUGGGAAACCACAAGGGGAGCAGUGCAAUGUGAACUGUCUGCACAGCCUGGUGAGCUGGUACGAGGAGCACCGGCUGACCUGUCCUCACGAGCCGCAGCUCCGAUCCCUGGAGCCGGGGUUGGGCUUCUCCACCAGCGCGCUGUGGCAGUGCCAGGGAGGACACGGCUUCCACCAGCACCUCUCCUCAUCGGACAGGGAGGCCAGCGACUUGGAGAACGAGAGCCACAUCGACCCGGAGGAAACAACCAAGGAUGUUCUGAUCCAGGGCUCUGCCACAGAGAACCAGCAACACCAGUGUCAGAGUGAUGCUGUUUCAUACAAUCCAGCCCUGCUAGCACAAUCAGACAGCUGCACUCAAGAAACUGACGCCAAACGGCCCGUGUGUGAAAGCCUGGGUUUGAUUGAGGCAGAAAGCUCUGACUGCAACUCGGACAGCAUCACCACCAUCGAAAUACAAGACCCGGCACCGCUGAGGCCAAAGAGACACGGGCAGGGGCUGUACAUCGAGUCGGACGGUACCAUCAAGACGUUUCGUUGCCCGUACGAGGGCUGCAGCCAGGUCUAUGUGACAGUGAAAAGCUACCGGAACCACGUGAAUAUCGUUCACAAGAAGGGCCGGACGGAGGUCUGCUCCCAUCCUGGCUGUGGGAAGAAAUUCUACCUGCUAAACCAUCUUCAGCGCCACAUGGUGACCCACUCAGAGACCCGGGAUUUCACCUGCACGCUUUGUGACAAAUCUUUCAAACGCAAGAACCAUCUGGAGGUGCAUCAGAGAACUCACACAGGAGAGACUCCACUGCAGUGUCAGUACUGUGGGUUCCAGUGCCGCCAGCGGGCAUCUCUCAACUGGCACAUGAAGAAAAAACACACGCCUGCUGCUGUGCAGUACGACUAUACUUGUGAGCUCUGCGGAAAGGGGUUCGAGAAAGCGGAGAGCGUGAAGUUCCACAAGCUGAAGAGCCACCCAGAGAGCACUGAGCGAGAGGGGAGGGGGGACACACACAGCCCCCCCGAUUCCUAGGAGACCCCCCAAAACUCAACUCGCAUCGCACUUCACCAAGACAGCAUUUCCCACAACGUACAAAGCAUCCAUUUUUGUUGUUUUAUUCAGAGCGCCUCCCUCUGGCCCCCGUAAGGACACGGGAAAGCCAGUAUUAACACUACACGGUGAUCUGAUUCAAACAUUCAAAAUCCUAAAAGGUAUAGACAAUGUCGACCCAGGGGACUUUUUUGACCUGAAAAAAGAAACAAGGACCAGGGGUCACAAAUGGAGAUUAGAUAAAGGGGCAUUCAGAACAGAAAAUAGGAGGCACUUUUUUUACACAGAGAAUUGUGAGGGUCUGGAACCAACUCCCCAGUAAUGUUGUUGAAGCUGACACCCUGGGAUCCUUCAAGAAGCUGCUUGAUGAGAUUCUGGGAUCAAUAAGCUACUAACAACCAAACGAGCAAGAUGGACCGAAUGGCCUCCUCUCGUUUGGAAACUUUCUUAUGUUCUUAUAAAAAAUAAUAAUUCACAUUGACUGGGAUGGCUUUUUCCAGUGUCUUCGGUACUGGGGUUCAUGACGUAUAUAUAUAUAUA